AUGCUGAACUGCUCGGAAGAUGACCACGAAACGUUUAACAUAGAUUACACAUGGAAUCUAACAUGGAACUAUGAAAGAGAUUUUCUUGAAGAGAAUCGCUUCAAGUCUCUCAGUCAAUUUCGUGCACCAAUGUUGUUCGGAAAGUUAGUUCCAUCGUUAUCCAAGGAUGCAAUGUGCAGUAACCAAAUGGUUUCCUACAUACGUAUGAAGCUUGGCAUGUAA